UCCGCCGCGGCCGAUCCCAAAAAGCAGGAAGAGAGCAUCCGAGGAGCAGCCGCCGCCCGCGGGAGCCGCGCGUUCCACUCCGGAGGCGGCAGCCCGAUUCUCCCCGAAGUUGGCUCCCGCCUUAGCAGCCGCAUUGGAUCCCACAGCCUACUGCGAGACUCCGGUGUACAAUCCGGAUCUCUGCCCCAACAUGAUCGCGGCCCAGGCCAAGCUGGUGUACCACCUGAACAAGUACUACAACGAGAAGUGCCAAGCCAGGAAAGCCGCCAUCGCCAAGACGAUCCGCGAGGUGUGCAAGGUGGUGUCGGACGUGCUGAAGGAGGUGGAGGUGCAGGAGCCGCGCUUCAUCAGCUCCCUCAACGAGAUGGACAACCGCUACGAGGGCCUGGAAGUCAUCUCCCCCACCGAGUUCGAGGUGGUGCUCUACCUCAACCAGAUGGGGGUCUUCAACUUCGUGGACGACGGCUCCCUGCCGGGCUGCGCCGUGCUGAAGCUGAGCGACGGCCGCAAGCGGAGCAUGUCGCUCUGGGUGGAAUUCAUCACGGCCUCGGGCUACCUCUCGGCCCGCAAGAUCCGCUCCCGCUUCCAGACGCUGGUGGCCCAAGCCGUGGAUAAGUGCAGUUACAGGGACGUGGUAAAGAUGGUGGCGGACACCAGCGAGGUGAAGCUGAGGAUCAGGGACAGGUACGUGGUGCAGAUCACGCCCGCCUUCAAGUGCACGGGGAUCUGGCCGCGGAGCGCUGCCCACUGGCCGCUGCCCCACAUCCCCUGGCCCGGCCCCAACCGCGUGGCCGAGGUGAAGGCGGAGGGCUUCAACCUGCUCUCCAAGGAGUGCCACUCGCUGGCGGGCAAGCAGAGCUCGGCCGAGAGCGACGCCUGGGUGCUGCAGUUCGCCGAAGCCGAGAACAGACUGCAGAUGGGCGGCUGCAGGAAGAAAUGCCUCUCCAUCCUCAAAACGCUGCGGGACCGGCACCUGGAGCUGCCGGGCCAGCCGCUCAACAACUACCACAUGAAGACUCUCGUUUCGUACGAAUGCGAAAAGCACCCGCGGGAGUCGGACUGGGACGAGUCGUGCUUGGGCGAUAGGCUCAACGGGAUUUUGCUGCAGCUCAUCUCCUGCCUGCAGUGCAGGAGGUGCCCGCACUACUUCUUGCCCAACUUAGACCUCUUUCAGGGCAAACCUCACUCGGCCCUGGAAAACGCGGCCAAACAGACGUGGCGGCUGGCCAGGGAGAUACUGACCAACCCGAAAAGUUUGGAGAAACUUUAGAAGGGAGCCCUAAAAGGGCCCGAACCGGCUUCUGUCCCGAAGAAGUUUAAGCUUCCCGUUCGAAAAGAUUUCCACUUGACA